AUGAUAAUUCAACAAAACAUUUCUCGUCCUAAAGGUGUUAUGGUAUGGGGUGGUAUAUCAAGUCGUGGUAAAACAACUCUUCGUUUUGUUCAACCCGGUGCUAAAAUCAAUUCCAAUUAUUAUAUUAACAAUAUUUUACAACCAUUUUUACAACGAGAUAUACCUCGUCUAUUUCCAAAAAAAGAAAGAAUGAAAUGGUUUCUCCAUCAAGAUUCUGCACCAAGUCAUACCUCUCAACAAUCAAUUGAAUAUUUGAAGAAAUACAAAAUUAAUUAUAUUACACCAGAGGAAUGGAUGCCCUCAUGUCCUGAUGCAGCACCUAUGGAUUACGCAAUAUGUAAUUAUUUAAAACGACAAUUAAAUAAAACACAGACUAAAACUAUUG